AACUUUCUAAGAAGUUAGCAGGCUCAUUUUUUCAUAUUUAAUUAUUUAAAAUGUCAUUUCCUUCGUGACAUUUCAGCAAUUUAAAUUGGAAAUUAUGAAUGAAAAAAAUUAUUUUUGUAAAGACCAUUUAUUUUCAGAUAUAAAUACAUGUAUUAUAUUUCUGUAAAACUUUAAGGUACAAUUGAUAAUAAUACAUAUUAAAAAUAGAAUACGUAUGAAUUGACGCCGGUUUUAAUCAUGUCGAGAUCAUGUCCUUGAAAAUGAGAUGAUGCAAAAUUGUGAAUCUGAAUUUAGGUUAUGGUCUCAGAAGACCGGUGACCCCGGUGACGUUUAUUUCAUACCGUUUGUGAAUCGUCCCUUGUACUGUUUUCCGUAUAUUAGAUUGUUAAGUUCGUAGAGAAUAAACGUAAUAAAGACUGAAGCAGAUAAAAAAUCGUGUGUUGUGAUAUCGUGUAAAAUGAAUCAAGAUGCAGAAAUAAUUAAAAAGGGAUCUGCUAUUUUGACUGUCAAACCGUUUUGUUACGUUUUGAGCUCAAAGCAAAUAAGUAGGAGAUGUGACAAUUGUCUCAAAAGUGGAAAACUUCUAAAAUGUUCCGGUUGCCGAUACGCCCACUACUGCAACCGAGAUUGUCAAAGAGAUGCCUGGAAUAUUCACAAGAUGGAAUGUAUAAAUUUGAACAGAAUUGCCCCUCGAGUAAUACCAGAUGCUGCUCGUUUGAUGGCAAGAAUAAUUGUAAAAUUAAACCAAGGCGGUGGAGAAGAAAGAGGGUAUUACACUGACGAUAGUUACAGAAAAUUCAAAGAUUUAAUGUCUCAUUAUUCGGAUUUAAAGCAGGACGAAACGCGAAUGGAACAUUUUACUUCCCUUUGUGGUGUUUUAUUCGAGUUUAUGGGAAAAUCGGAACUUCCUAAUCCAGCAGAGCUGAUGGGAAUUUAUGGAAGAAUGUGUGUUAAUUCUUUCAAUAUUCUGGAUCACGAUAUGAAUAGUAUAGGAGUGGGAAUUUACUUAGCACCUUCUAUAAUUGACCACAGUUGCCGACCUAACGCUCUUGCGGUUUUUGAAGGUACCACGAUUAUUAUCAGAGCUCUUGAAGAUGUUCCUCGUUUCGAUUGGACCAAGAUAAAAAUAUCGUACAUCGAUUUGAUGAAUUCGAAAGAUACGAGACAGGCAGAACUGCUAAAUACCUAUUAUUUUUUAUGCGAUUGCGAAAAAUGUAAAGAGCCUGAACCAGUUGUAGAAGCAGCUUUGUGUCCUGAAGCAGCUUGCGCAAAAACUUGCAAUAUUAAUGAGAAAAAAUGUAUACACUGCGGUGAGGAAAUCUCAGAAGACUUUUGGAAAAAUUUUGAGGAUACGAGAGAUUUUACGGCGCACCAUUUGCAAGACAUGAAGACUAUGGCUUAUCUUGAUAUAAGUAAAAUGUGUCUAAAAAGACAAAAAGGUGUUUUCCAUCCUCUUAAUUUGCAACACGUUCGCACAACGGAAUCAGCAUUUGAUGCCGCUGUGUCUUUAGAGUACUGGGAAGAAGCUGAGUUUUAUGCUUUGCAAUUGAUUCCAGGUUAUUUACAUUAUUACGACUUUGCGCAUCCUUUAACGGGUCUGUUAUACCUGAUGUUAGGGAAGAUACAGUUGCAUUUAGAGAAAAUUAAGGAAGCUCUCGGAACGUUAAAAACGGCAAAUUCCAUUUUGUUAAUAACACAUGGCGAAAAACAUUCUUUGAUUCGUGAAAGUCUGAGGCCUUUGCUUUCACAAGCCAUCGCAGAAACACGUGGAAUUAGUAACUAAUUUAAUAUUUAUUUAUGUAAUAGUUUUUUAAUCAUUAAAAAAUAUGGCUUUACUGAUAAGAAAUCGCUUAAAAAAUGCGUUCGCAUUCCAUGAAUGUUUGAAAUUAUGUUAUGUUGAAAGAUGACGUUUCUAUAAUAUAACCAAAAUUGAUUGGUAACUAAUAAAAAUAUUUUCAUGUUUUAGUUUA